AUGAUUUUCAAUGACAUAAAUAACCCAAACAUAAAAACUGGCCAAAUAAAAUUACCACCAUUUCCUAAUAAUGCAGUGAUAAAGAGAAUUGACGUUAGUCGAGGAGAAGACUUUUGGAUUUUAACAGAUGAAAAUAAACUUUAUCAUUGGAGUACAAUUUUGAAACAAAUGACAUUUAUGCGAAGGAAUGUCACCGAUUUUUCUAUUGGAUCAGAUGGAACAGCCGUUUAUAUUAAUCAAAACAAUGAAAUAUAUAUUAGAAAUUUAUAUGUUUAUUCAUGGGAUAAAAUAGAUGAUGAUCAUCACACUCAUCGGACUAUUUCCUUAUGUGAUCAUAGAACAAUUUUUACAACAAAUGAUUAUGCUGAUUUCAAUAAAGGUGUUUAUCAUGAUGAAUUUAAUACAUAUAAUUGGGAAUCUGUUGAUGACAUAGGAUAUUAUUACCACAUUUAUUGUGCUUAUCAUGAUCAUUCUUUAUGGAUUAAAGAUCGUUAUAAUUUGAUUUAUAAAUAUAUUAAUAAAAACAAGCAUACUCCUUUAGCAGAAAUUCCAUUCGAUUAUAUUAAAGUUCUCUCUGAAAAUUAUGCAAUUGGAAUUGAUUAUUAUUUCAGAUUAUGGAAAUAUAUUGAAGGUACUUGGGUUUUGAUUAGAAAUAAUGUUAAAUGUGCAACUAUUAAUUAUAAUGGAGAUCUUUUUUUCCUUGAUAAAAAUAAUAAUUAUAUUAUCUAUAAUAUUAAAAAUUCGAAUUUCUGA